ACGUCUGUGAGGGAUUCUGAGGUAAGAAAUGUCUGCCAAUGACUUUGAAGCUCCAGGCGGGCCGGAGAGAUCAUGCAGUCCCAGUACUUCCAAACAGGAGGGUUCUGGGGCAUCAUCCACCCAGACGACACCCCGCAGGCCUCAGAGUCCUUCCCUUUUCAACCAGACAUCAGAUCUGGCUUCCAGCUGCAGCAGCUCCGAAGGAAAAUCCGGCAACUAUUUCACAGCCCUGGAAGCCACCGUGGACGCCCUGCAGAGGAGGGCACAGAGUCUGAUCGACAAGAUAAACGAAGGACGCAGCAAGGACCAGGCGAUAAUGAAAAACUUUAAUGAGAGUCUCGCCAUGAAGGUCAACGAGUUAUCUCAGUGUCUGGAAGAUAAAAUGUACAAUGUUUAUGAUCAUCACAACAAGCAGUUGCAGGACAGGCUGCAGGAGCUGCCGGAAAUCAUAGAGAGGAUCGGACAGCUGCAGGACGAGCUGAAACAAGUCUGUCAGACCGUAGCCACCGUCUACAAGGACCUGUGCGUGCAGCCAGAGAUCUGAACGCAUGUUCAUCUUCCAACUGUUUGAAUUAAACAUUAUCGUUAGAGGGAAGAGGAGCACAGAGGCGUUUUCCGUUACUAUAGAAACCGUACGUUUUCAUCCUGUUCCAGAGUUUAUAAAACAUACCCGCUGCUGAGUAACUCGAUACAAUAUCUGUGCAUUCAAAUAACAUGUUAAUUCAUUCCAAAUAAAUGACACGUUUAAC